UGCUAGUGGUGGCAUUGCUGCCGUGAUGGUUCGACAGAACCGGAAGACAUGUGGUUGUGCCAGAUGAAUUAGACUGUUCCUGCUGAAGCAGAUCGUUAGCUACCAGCUUGGCGAACACCUCUUUGUACUUGCGAUGGUCCGAUAUGGUUUACUCGCAGCGUUGUAUGCGUACCUGCAGCUCAUCGCCGGAAAACGACUGAUGAAAACCAAAGUGUGCCUUCAAUGAAGAUCUGCUAAAGCGGACACCGACAACCGGAGCAGUCUCGAACUUGAAAACGGAUCUCGAAUCAACACCAGCAAAUCAUGGAUAUUCUCGGCAGCACAACCGCCGAAGCCCUUCACGCACAUUCACUGGAGGUAAACGUUACACGUUUAGUCGCCGAUAGUGAAUACAGUAUGAGCAAAAAUGAAGCUAAACUGCUGGCGAUAUUGGCCCUGGGUGUGGGGAGCUUUUUGUCCGGAAUUCUGCCACUUUUCUGCUCACAGCGCAACAGGGAUCGCUUUCCGGUGCUGAUCUCCUUCCUACUUUGCUUCGGUGCAGGAGUUUUGUUGGCUACCGCGUUGGUGCACAUGUUACCAGAGGUUCGAGUUCCGCUUCAGCAGUAUGCUGAAAUAAUUUUUUGUGUAGGAUUUUUCUUAAUUUAUACUGUGGAUGAAAUAAGUCAUCUGUGUGGCGUCUCUGGCGGACACGGACAUAGUCAUGGAGACCAAGGCGAACAACUGACCGUUGCUGGGAGGCGACUAAGUCGUGAUUCGCUGAGCGGUGACCAAGAUCGCUGUUAUGGUACCAGCGAAGAAACCAAGUUACUAAAUAAAGGAGAAAGCAGCAACCUUAUUCAGCAGCGACCGUCCGAUAGAGACGUGCCCGAAAUCAGACCAGUGCGCUCUAACGAUAGCAUUCCGAGGGUGAUGGUGGCCGCAUCCGGUGAUGCCUCGGAGCAAGUAACUGGUGUUUUCAGUCUCCUGCUGGCUCUGGUGGUGCAUUCACUCCUCGAAGGUCUGGCUAUCGGAGUACAGGACACGGCUCCCAAGGUAAUGCUGCUGCUGGGAGCAGUGAGUGCCCACAAGUACGUGGUAGGUUUCUGUCUUGGAGUAGAGAUUUGCUCCCACGGAAACCGCAAACGUUUGUCGCACAUCCUGCAGAUUUUAACGUUUUCCAUCGGAUCGGUUGCCGGCAUCGGAGUGGGCAUGGUGCUGGACGAUAUAGGGCAAACUUUCAACAUGCUUGUUAUACCGGUUCUUCAGGGGGUCGCUGGUGGUACGCUUCUGUACGUGACCGUCAGCGAAGUGCUUCCGCGGGAGCGUGGGAAACGCAGCAUUAUGCGCUCGCGUCAGGUUGGCCUUCUGCAGCUUUUUGCAGUGAUAUUAGGUUUUACGGUGAUGUCAUUUUUAAGUCUUUUGAUAAGUGAACAUUAGUUUGAGUUUAAUGUAGGAUUUUUAUUGCAAUUAACGAGUUAAAAUUGUAUAGUAGGUUAUAGCUAAUGUGGGAAGACCAAAUAAAAGCAUACGCAAAAUGUGCCAGUCCGUUCGAAAGGUAGCAUGUAGAACAGCGUGAAAUUUGGAAAGUAA